UGAUUUAGCGAAAAGUAGCUAAGGGAUAUCAGGGUGAAAUGUGCAUCAGUGAUUGGCCGAAGCGUUUCCUGAAAACCAUCCUGCUGCACCUGAGCCAUCAUCAGGUGGAACUGCUGAUUGAAAAUGAGGCAGAGAAGGAUUACCUUUAUGAUGUUCUCCGCAUGUAUCACCAGUCUAUGGAUUUGCGGGUGCUGGUGGGAGACCUGAAACUGGUUAUCAAUGAACCGAAACGGCUUCCGCUGUUCGAUGUGAUCCGGCCUCUGAUCCCACUCAAACACCAAGUUGAGUACGACCAGUUCACACCCAAGAGGUCAAGGAAGCUGAAAGAGGUGCGUUUGGAUCGAACACAGCGUGACGGACUGGGUCUCAGUGUUCGAGGAGGACUAGAGUUUGGCUGUGGACUCUACAUUUCACAGAUUGUCAAAGAUGGACAAGCUUACAAUGUUGGCCUUCAGGUGGGUGACGAGAUCGUGCGAAUCAAUGGCUACUCCAUCUCCUCCUGCAUCCACGAAGAGGUCAUCGGCCUCAUCAAGACCAAGAAGAUUGUCUCACUCAAAGUUCGCCAUGUGGGGAUGAUCCCAGCAAAAAGCUCAUCUGAUGAACCCUUGAAGUGGCAGUUUGUGGACCAGUUUGUUUCUGAGUCCAGGGAGAAGAGAAGCAGUGUGGCCGGCUUGGCGUCUAUUGGUGGGAAGGAGAUCAAGGAGAAGAAGGUUUUCCUCAGUCUUGUGGGAACUAAGGGUAUGGGCAUCAGCAUCUCAAGCGGCCCAACCCAGAAACCUGGGAUCUACAUCAGCAACGUCAAGCCAGGCUCCCUCUCUGCUGAAGUUGGACUUGAGGCUGGAGACCAGAUUGUGGAGGUGAAUGGAGUGGAUUUCACCACUCUGGACCACAAAGAGGCUGUGAAAGUCCUGAAGAGCAGCAGAAGUCUCACUAUCACAGUUCUGACAGGAGCUGGAAGCGAGUUGUUUGUGACAGAUGAGGAGCGCCUUGCAGCCGAAUCCCGCCGGGAGGUGGAGAGGCAGGAACUGAUGCAUCAGAAGAAGGUUGCAAUGGAGACCAACAAAAUCAUUAAAGAGCAGCAGGAGAAGGAGAGACAGAGAAAGAUGGAGAUCUCCCAGAAAGUAGUGGAGGAAGAGGAGCGCUAUAAAAGCGAGAUGAAAAAUAUUGAAGCUGUAGAAAGGAAACACAACAGAGACUGGGAGGAAGACUGGGGAUCCAAAGACAGACCAAAGAGUCCCCGCGCUUCAAAGAGCCCCUCCCCGGAGAUGAAACCUCCAAAGGCCAAGAGUUCACUUGAUGGAGCCAGCUCCUUCAUAGAGGAAGAGGAGGAAGAUGAGCAAGACAGCCAAGGAUUUCAGAAAUACGUGGACGACUUUGAUCCUUACUCCAUGUUCUCCGCAGACCAGAUAGAUGGGCGAGAUGUGAGAUUGCUAAAAAUCCAAACGACCGGACAACUUGACCUUGCUCUGGAAGGGGGAGUUGACUCUCCUCUUGGAAAGUUGGUGGUGUCUUCAGUGUAUGAAGGCGGUGCAGCCGAUAAGCACGGAGGGAUUGUCUCUGGUGACGAACUCAUGGCUGUCAAUGGGAAGAUCCUGAUUGACGCUACUUUAGAAGAGGGACAAAACUCCCUGGCUCGGGCCUGGAACAGUGGAGGGGACUGGAUCGAUGUUGUGAUUGCUGUGUCCCCUCCAAAGGAUUAUGAAGAUGAAGUCCCUAAGUCAGCAUCAGUCAGUCCCCCUGUGAACAGAAAGGUGUUUGAAGGCAGUGCAACACUUUACAGACAUGGCUAUCAGCUUCAGCACUAGCCCCACCUCUCUUCCUUCCUCACCCCCUCUUCUGGACAUUCUUCUAAUAUCACCAGCCAUUAAAACCAGAUUCAUUUGGAGGAACCUCUUCAAUGAGAAGACCGAGAGGCUCUGUGCUUUUUCUGCUUUGUCUCGCUUUGGGACCGAGCCAAGCUGUCAUUCAGACUGACGCUGCACUGUCGAUAGCCAUUUUCACUGUCUUGUUUUGUCAAUAGAUCAAAUUUCUCCCUUAUACCUCUUCCCUUCUGCAAAGACUGGAAAUAAUUGACUUCUAUUACGCUAGCAUCAGUCACUAUGCAAAUGAAGGAGGAAUUUGAAUAAAUGAUCAAUAAUGCACUCAGAAUUUUCUUGGUCAGACUAAAAAUGAGAUUCUCCUUGAAUAUUGAUUUAAUUGUUUUUAUUUUAAAAAAGGGUUAACAGAUUUAUAUACUAACUCAAUGCUGUAAAUAUAGUAUUUUUAAGUAAAAGUUAUGUUUGCAUCUAUCCUCUGCAGAAAUAUACAUAUCCAGUAAAUAAUCCACAUUUUUGUUUAGAUGUACAAGAGAUUGGGGCUCUGAAUUAGUAUUUUAUAUACAAGCGAUGAAAAAAAAAAAUUGCACUGUCUUUAAGUUUGUGGGGUUUUUUGCACUACUAUAUAAAAUAAUCAUCUGGAGUUUUCAUUUGCUUCAUCAAACCUCAAGUAUGCAAAAAAACAUGACAGAUUCUGUGGUCUCAUUACAUCUGAACAGUUGCGUAAGCAGUACAUUUAUAGAGCCCAACAGAUUCAAUGACUUGACUUUGUCUUUUUCUUCAUGAUAUGAGCCGGACCCUUCAGACCUUGACCUAAAUCAGAUGCUGAAGUGUCAGCUUAGGGUCUUAAAUCUUCAGAAAUGUCUUCUUUAGUUCUGCUCGGUUGUUUCAGAUGAAGGGUAUUUUCAAUUUUUGACAGUCAUGAGCAAAAGCAACAAACUUGAGUUCACCUUCUACGCCUGUGGAAGCAUCUUCUCAGCUGUCAUCGUCCCGAACAGAACGGCCAUUUGCUCAUAUUUAUUGAUGUGAGGUAGUGAACUCACCAGACG